AUGGGAGAACAACAAGAGACAAGGGACAGUGUCACACAUGGUUCAUACUAUUUGCAAAUUGCUUUUAAUCCUAUCAUGGGCUUAGAUGAGGAUAUUGAAGCAUUUACUGAAGAAUUCGCCGAUUUAGGCAGUCCUCGUUUUGUGGAUUUUGCGGAGCUCUGGAAGAAGUACAAAUUGAUCCAUUUAAUUCAGGGGAGGCAGUGCCAACACGGUUUAUAUGACAUAGUUGGCUGCAUUUUUCACCGGUUGGUUAGUCUGUUUCAGCCAACCUUAUCUAAAAACAAGUUAGUUCGUAUAUGCGCACUCUACCUUCUCUAUGCUUUCCACGGGAAGCAGCCCAUUCGCAAUCAUGUUCAUAUACGUGUUUGUCCUAAAAGUUGGUCUUGGAUCUUACAGGUUGCUACGGAGGCUCGUGACGAAGGACACUUAGAUGUCUAUUACGUUUUUCGGAAACUAUGUGCUGCAAAUGCAUUUUUAUUUUGUGCAAUGCGGCAAGUGUUAUAUCCCGGGGCCCCCCUUUUUGACAGUCCUGCUGUGAAUCGGGAUGAUUUUACAGAGGGCCGUACCGCCUCGCCAGCUGAAGAUCUAUCCGAUGUUUCAAAAGCUACUUUCAGUCAUCGACGUGACCUUCUCACUUGUUCUCUACCUGUUGUCAAAGCUCUUCAGGCUCCUUCAGGAUUAAACCAAACGGUACAGUGUUUAAAUAUGAGUUUGUCGCGUUAUGCUGAGGCCAAACGUUUACUUACACAAAAACUUAGGAUAAAUGAUGGAAAUAUUGCUUUGGAUUCUUCGAAAACACAAGGCACUGAUGGAAUGGAAGAUCCAGAGGAAGAGUACUUGCCAGGCCUAAAUCUUGUAACCUUCCCCGAUUCCCUAAAUCGUAUUGAGAUACUUUCAAUGGAAUUGGAAAACUCAACCAAACAAAAUUGCCUUAAAAAUCGUUUUACUCCCAGCACAAAGUCCAGUAUGCAUAGUCCUUCGGUUAAAGCGUCUCCUUCAGUGGAUGUAAAAGUUCCAGAUAUCGAAAAUCUCCUUGAAACACCACGUAUUGGCGUAGUAGUUGGUGCUGGAAUAGUUGGGUGUAAAAUGAUAAGUCGUAAAAGUGCUGAGAACAGUCCAGUUUCUCAACCUUCUGACAUUCAACAAAUUAGUAAACAUUCUUCGCCCUCAAAAACCACCACUUCAAAUUCGUCAAAAAAGUCUGAGGAAACAACAACCGAUGUAAAAGAAGCCGUUAGUUGGGGUGAAAGAAUUCGACUCUUAAAAAGGCCCUCAACGUGGGCUAAAGAAUUAGCGGAACAAGCCGAAAGUGUGUACAAGGAUGGUUGCCGCCGAAGUAGGCGACGUCCGACAGAACCCAAGGUUAUUACUGCAUCUACAAGUAAAAAACAACAAAGAAAGAUCUAUAAUAUUUUGUUGGAUUUGAAUGGUUGUUUACAAGUAAUGUCUCCAGUUACGCUUAGAAAUGAAAACAAACCACAACUACCCAAUAACUUAAGUAGAGGUAAAUCACAGAAGUUAUCAUUAGCUAAAGAUUCUAUACAAUCUAAAAAUCACACCAAUUUUAUUCCCAAUAACCAUUCAACAGUAUUUUCAUCUAAAUUAAAAGAAACACCGGUAACAUCAAAAUCAAAUGAUAUACUUGAUAAUCGUCUUAAUCAAUUAGAUGAUUCUACAAAAGAAUUAUUAUCAUAUUAUCGUCAUAAAGUGGAAACAUUAACUGAAGAUCAUGAAACUGUUCAACGUCGUUUAGAUAAAAUUUAUGAUGCUAUAGGAAAUCAAGAAUCACUUAGUUUAGAAUUAAAUCAACGUGAUGCUGAAAUUUCAGAAUUACAAAGAGCAUUAUCUGAUAUGCAGGUUUAUCUUUUUCAAGAACGCGAACAUGUUUUACGUUUGUAUGCCGAAAAUGACCGUUUGAAGAUUCGUGAGUUAGAUGAUCGACGUAAAAUACAACAUUUAUUACAAUUAUCCAAUUUAGGACCAAAUGAAAUCACUUAUUUUUUAAAACAGCCUAACAUUGAAUCACAAAAUGUAGUUAAUCAAGAAACAGUUGAUAAUGAAAAUGGUGAACAUUUCAUUGAUGACGAGAAUAGAAAAGCGGACAGAAACACAGCAUGGAUUUCAGCUAUGGCUGUUAAACCGAUCAUUCCAACAGCUCCUUCUCAGGGUGUUAUGGAAUUUACUGCAUCAGGAAAAACAAUUUUAAAACCAAGCGGAAGUCAAAUUAAAUCGGACCAUAAAGUUUGUUCUGAUCCAUCAGAAUCGUCUAAAUCAGAUACAGUUUCUCGAAUAGAACAUGAAGCUGUGCUAAGAGAACUUGAAAUGUCAAAAUCUUCUCUAAGAGCAUUACAAACCCAAUUGGAAGAACAAACACGCAAUGCUCGUGAACAAAUUGAUUCAUUAAUGGAAGAUCGUAAAGCAAUACAGGAAGAGAUGAACAGUUUACGUAAACGUCACGAGGAAAAAAUACGCAUUUCAUCAGAACAGCUUAGACACUGUCAAGGAUUAUUAUAUGACAGCACUAAGGAAUUUCUAGCACAAAGAAAUCAAUUUCGUCAAGCUGAAAAGGUUUGGAUAUUGGAAAAAGAUAAACUUUUAAGUCAAAUCAGUGUUAAAAAAUUGACUUCUUCUAGUGUUACUCCAUCGACACUGUCUACUUUAAAAACUGGUGAACGUAAUACUUGUUAUUCACCUCGAGACAAAAUAAACAAUACUCUAACAACUAUCAAUACUACUAAUUUAUUUAAUAAUAUUCAAAGUUUAGAAGCUCAUGCAUGGAUUGAAUUCAAUCAACAAAAACAAAUUCAAUUAGAGAAAACAAUCGACAAUUUAGAGCACCAAUUAGAUCAAUUACAGAAAUUAUCAGAUAUGUAUAGAGAUCAAGUUAUUCAAUUAGAAGAGGAAUUAGUUCGUGCACGUGAAGAAGGUGUCAUGUCAAAGGAUGUAUUUAAAGAUCAAGCACAAAAACUUCAUGAACGUGUUCAAGUUAUGUCACAACGUUAUCAGAAUUUAGAACGUAGACGUCAAUUAGAAAUGGAAGGUUACCGAACAGAUAUUAGUGUGUUGCGUAAAAAGUUAAAAGAGGUUGAACGACAACUAUUAAAGUUAACUCUUGGUUUAACCGAUGGGAUCAAUUUACCUGAAUCACUUAAUAUUAACGAUCAUAAAGAUAUUGAUUUGGCUCUAUUAAAACAAGUUAAAGCUUCAACAACACGAUCUAACCAAAUAUUGAAUGAAUUGAAAAGUCUUAAAUUAAAAAUGUAUUCAUUAGAGGAUGAAUUACGCAAAAUUUAAUAAUGCGUCCGGUGAAAGAAAGCUGUCGUUGGCUAGUAACACUGUCGACAAACAUAUCCAUAUUUGUUAUAUAUUUUUAAAUAGACAAUUUCUAUUGUAAAUUACGUCAUCACUGGUUCCCACUAUAAUAUUGUGUUAAUAUACAUUGCUUUUUUAUUGGUAUCUGGUCUACACAAAUUUACAACUAUAUAUAUUCUUAUUGUUGUCAUUACUAUUUCUCUUUCAUUCUUCACCUUUUUAUACGUAAUUCUUUAUUUUAUCGACUGUGAUGUAAUCGCAUAAUUUAUGAAUAAAAAUCGUUUACUUUAUCGGAUUUAAUUCAACAUUAUUGCUGUUCGAUUGACAACAAGUACAUCACUGUUUAGCUUUUAUUGUUUUCACUUGUUUGUUUCCUUUUUUUAAAACAAACUUUUUGCUUUCGAUCCCGCGAGCGGGAUCGUGGAUGCGCACUGCU